CCCGCCACACUGACGGCAUGGGAGCUCCUGCGCGCGCCCCCGCGCCCCGCGCAACCCGCCUUCUGCUGCCGCUGCUGGUCCUGCUCGCCGCCGCAGCCUCAACUGCCACCAGACACCUACCCCUGCAGUACCAGACGUACAUAUUGUGCAAGCAAACUUCUCACCCGUGUGUCGCCUUGCCCCUGCCCGCUGGACCUGAGGAUGCUGGGGAGUGGGACCUCCCGGCUGCUGAGGCUUGCGGCAUCUUGCAGACAUCAGACAUCGAAACGCCACCGGCCGACUAUACGAUAAAGGCGUUAGACAAUGGAGAAGUUAGGAACGUGUUCUGCGAUGCCGUGAUUAUAACAGAGGAGGUUGAAGCGAAGACGACGAGUGUUAGGGAGCAUGGCCGCGUUCGCCGGCAGACGCCAGCAGCGCCCCGCGGCCGGUACCGUGGACAGACGCAGUCCCAAUACCUCGCCGUGGACCGUGACGGCAAGGACGAGGGCAAGGCGGAGGCCCACUCGGCCGCUGAUUCCUCGCGUGCCAGCGUCAGUGGUAAUAGCGGAAUGGGACAAGCGCAAAGUCAGUCAAUGUACGAACCUUCGUGCGAUGAUUGUUAUGGUAACGUCGACCCGCUAAUGGCUGGUAUGAAAAAGCAACCCCAAGGAACUUUUAGUGGAUUCGGACCGGGACAAAACGGCGGAUCUGGAUGGGUUGGACCUCCCAGUGGCAGCUCUAUAGGAACUUCUUACAUGAACAAUCAAAAUGCUAGACCGGGCUUAGAAAGUUACGGAAGAGCUGAGCCGUCUGCACCGAGCUAUGAGAGGGGAUACGGUGUUCCAACUGGUGGAAACGGUUUAACUCCUGGGGGGGUAGUAGGUCCAACCCAAGGUCGAAAUCAAAAUGUCUACCCUAACUCGGGCGGUACGCCACUUAGUCAAGGAGCACCACAAAGUACAUAUCAGCCAGGAUUAGGUGGUUCCAUGACACAGUAUGGGCCGAAUCAGCAAGGAAAUGGAGGAUACGGCUCAAAUCAGCAAGCUGGACCGAGGGAUAAUGCUAGACCGGGUGUAGGGAACAGAUAUGGUAGUGAUUCAGGUGGUUAUGGACCAGGACAAGUUGGAACUCCUGGGGGCGGUGGGAAUUACCCUCCAGGAAGUCUGAUGAGUGCACCAGGUCGAGGGGGUUUAGGUCCUGUACCACCAGGAGGUAUUACAAGUAAUGGUGCAUCGCUGCCGAAUCAAAUCGGUGUACCGGGUCAAUCCUAUAAUCAAAUGGUGCAAAGAGGUCCCGAUUACGGGCCAGGUGGCUCACCUCAAGGCAUUUACGGACCUGGUCAAAGCGGUUCGCUUACACCAAACAUCAAUGGUGGACCACUGCAAGGUGGUUCUAACAAUAUCAUCCCCGGUAAUCAAGGGCAAAGCGGUACCUACAACCCCAAACAGACAGGUGUUCCGAAUGGAGUCGGUGGUACUACAUUAGGAGGUGUUACGAAUCCUCAAGGUAUAAAUAGUAACCAAGGUGGCCUUCCUGGUUAUGGUCCUAACCAGGGAUCUGCAGGCGAUAAUUUGAAUCCUGCCCAAGGAGGAAAUUGGCCGAUUGCAUCAUACAGUCCUGGUGGUUCACCUUAUUUUUGUUGCGUCGUCGGCCCCGAUGGUAAAAUAGCACCUGUGGGAGGAUCGCCAUUUAAUAGAGGCAUAGGCAAUCAGUAUCUGAAUCCCAAUAAUCAAUAUGGAUAUGGUGGGCAAAUUCCGGGAAGUACAGAUCAAAACAAAGGGCUAAGUAACAUUCCAGGUCAAAGCCCUUACGGACUUAGUGGCUCUGGUAACGGUGUAAAUAACUUAGGACUAGGACAAGGAAAUAAUUAUGGUCCUAAUCAAGGGCCUGGAAACUACAUGACAGGAUCAGGUCAAGUACCCCAAGGUGGACGUCCUGAUCACAGUACGAUGUCAGGUAGUGGAAAUUACGUACCGAAUUCAAAUAUAGGAAGUUACAGCCCUGGAACUACUGGAGGUGGCGGAAGUUUUGCACCAAAUCUCAUGGGUGUUGACCAAACAAGGCCUAAUAUAGGAGCAACUCCCAUGGGUGGUACUGGUUAUCACACGAAUCAAAACUUAGGUCCAAACGCACCACAUUCAGGUGUGAGCUACGGCCCGGUAGGCAAUGGUGGGCCAGGAUCUGGAGUGUAUAAUCCAACCGGAGGGACAGGAGAAACCAAACAAUAUAUACCAGGGCAACUUAGUAUUCCCGGUGGCGAGAAUACUUAUGUACAUGGACAAGGAAGCGUGCCGAUGGCUAAUAGAAACUUCGGGUCGGGCUCACCCGGCGACAGUAGUAGUUAUGUGCCAGGGCAAGACGGCAGACCAAGUACAAGCGGAAAUUUCCGACCAGGACAGACUAAUAAUUUGGGUGGUGGUGGUUAUGGUCCCGCCCAGGUUAGUGCUCCAGAAAAUAUUCGAAGUUACGAGCCAGGCCAAAUUGUUGGUCCCGGAGGCGGUGGUUACAGGGUUAGUCCCGGUGAUGGAACGGGAUUUUAUACCAACUACGGACCGCAUCAAACUGGGGGACCGGGAGGGGGUGGUAUCGGAACAGGUUCCGGUGUUAAUCCUCAAAGUGGUGGAAGUUAUGGACCAGGACAAACGAAUGGAAUAGGAGGUGGUAUUAUUGAACCCAAUAUGGGUAGCCAUCCAGGUUCCACAGGAAACUUUGGCGCUGGUCAAAAUGUUGGACCAGGAAACGUUGGUUAUGGAAAUUAUGGCCCGGGACAAAACGGUGGAUCUGGGGGAUACAUUCCGGGAACAACUAGCGGCAUGGGUAAUUAUGGUUCAAGUGGUGCUGGUCAGGGUCAAAAUGGUCCAGUUGGAGGGGGUCCUUAUGGGCCUUAUCAUGGUGCCAAUACUGGAGGUCAAGGGUCUUACCCCCCGGGACAAUCUAAUGUAGGCGGUAUGGGAGGCUAUCAGCCAAGUCAGGGUGGCAAACCUGGUGAGGGCUACGGUUCCCUUGGAGUACCUGGUGAUGGUGGAAGAUAUACCAAUGGACAACCUAUUUACGGAACAGACUUUACAGACCGGUACGGAGGUGGCCCAGGUGGAAGUGGAUAUAAUGCAAGGUACCCAGGAAUAAACAAUGAUUACAAUGGCAUUCCCCAAAAUUUCACGGAUGUGGGAAAUCUUGCAGACGGAGAUGAUUCACAGGCUGAAGCGAGCGUUGCACAAGCCGCCAAUGGCACAACAGCCAGCGCCACAUCCAGGGGCGGCAACGACAAAGGCCGCGCUCAGACAAACGUACAGGGCACUUACACCGGAAGCGGUUCUUUCUCAGCCCAAGCACAAAUAACUGGAGAAAACAAAGAAGCCGAAAGUCAAGUCACAGGAGGGAAAAAAGGGGCAUCUAGUUCCGCACAAGGAAGUGGUCGGAAUAACAAAUCUCAAGCGAAUGUGCAACUGGGCUCAGAAACGGGAUCUGUCCAAACACAGUCUCUGACAAGUGGAGCGUAUCAUUCAUCUAAUUCCCAAGUUCAAGGGAGUGUAAAGGGUGGUAUGGCUGACGCUCAGGCCCGUGGUCCGGGAAGCACUUCCUCACAGGCUCAAAUUGGUUUUACACCAUAUAAAGAUGGCGAUAAAUCUCACGACACGCAGAAGACACCAUUCGUCGGCGGAGGCGUCGCUUCGGCUCAGUCGAGCGGGCGAACGGGACAGUCGCAAUCACAACUCCAUGGCACCUUUAAGUACGGUAUCACAUACAACGGAGCCGCACAGGCAGGCGCAAGCGUUGACAAAGAUGCGGUGUUUCCAAAUCGCUUGUCAUUUGAUAAAAUAGAUGUAUUUGAUGAAAGUGAAAAAAAUAUUAACGUCGAUACUGAAAAACCAACCGAAUUAGACGCACCAGCACCUGUCGACACCACUCCUUCUGUUGAAUUGGUGCCAUCAGAGGAAUCUCUUCCACCGCUCGACGAAAGCUCGACGGACGGCGGGAUGACAGCGUUGGAUACAGAUGACGCAGAAGACGAAACCGUGAAGGACGACGAGACGCUAAAGAAUUCUGAAACAAGAUACUCCAGUCAUACUCACCUCGAUCACCACAAGACAAACGUUGCGGCGGCUCCACCGGCCGCUACCGCCGGAGUCACUCGCUCCUUCCAAUCGCGGUACGGAAGCAACGGUGGCGAAUACGAGUACACAACGGACAGAGAGGACGCGCCGACCGACGAGUAUGACACGGACGGAGCGGAAGAGGAACAGGGCGAAUACAGCAAUUACGAUGACAUACCAAGAGAUCCGCUGACGCACCAGUCGCUGCAGGCGCCUCGUAAAACGCUUGACGUGCGGCAGACGACCGGCGGGAACACACAGCACAUCGUGCUCGGCUCGCUCGUCGGCCACGACGCAGCCAUCACACAGAAGAGCUCCGAGCGGCCCGAUGAGAGCAGGACGUACCAGCCGGGGGAGCGGGUGCCGGGCACAGGCGGCUAUACAAUACCGGCGGGCUUCACGGGCAGCGUCAAGUCGGUCGCCUCGAAGGAGAAGACUUACGUAGUCGGGUCGCGCGAGUCACCGUCGCAGGCGCAGACGGUGACGUUGACGCCCGGCAGUGGGCGCGUCCGGUACGCUCCCCCAGCGGGCUACGGGCGGGUGGGUGCGAGUCAGCUGCGCUCGCUGGCGCCCCCGCGCGGUGACCCCUACGUUUCCGUGUCCAAGUCGGUGGCGCGCGACUUCGACGCGGACGACCACGUGCGCAAGCAGUACUCCCACUCCUACUACACCAAGUCCUCCUCGUGCGGCUUCUUCACCUUCACCUGCACCAUGGUGAGCGGCGCCGAGGGCAAGAAGAAGGUCUGCCGCCCCAAGAUACCCACUAACCCCGACGGCACGCCCAUCAAGUGUUGACAUUGCCUACAAAGUUAACGUAUCAUUAUAACUUUAGUUCUAUUUUAUUAUUAAGUAGAUAAUAAUUAGUAUUAUGAUUGUAUAAUUUCCGUAGCCAAUUAACUAUUCAAAUGAGCGUAUCAACAUUUUGUACAUGUCAUACUUUGUCUAUGUUGUCGAUACAAUAAAUAAAUAAAUAAAAACUUCAGUUUAAAUAUAUCGUAUUAAAUAUAAACAACGUCGACAAUAAAAGGCGCAAAGGGAAGUGAUAAGAUUUAUUCAUAUAUAAUUUAGGUAGAUUUAUGUAUCGCUUCAAUAUAAUAUGUUUAUUGAUUCACACUAAUAAGUGAGAUGGAUAACAAGUAGUGCGCGCCCGCCAUCCCCUCCACCUGUAUAUCAUAAAAGGACAUUUCUUAACUAUUAAUAGAAUAUUGAAGAAACUUACUUUGGUAUUUAUUUUGUGAUCAUUGGACUGUAUACAUAAAACUAGUUUUAGGAAUAGGAACAAUAUGACGUGGCACACUUAUCGUGUAUUUUAUUCAAUAUAUUUUGAUUCAUAUAAAAUCUUAAUAAUAGUUGUGCAGAAGUAAAUAAAUACCUAUGUAAUUUUGUUUAGCACGUGGCGAUUAUCUGAUAGAUAUCGUCAGGUGUGCUUUGCAAAUACUUUAUAAAUAACAUCUCAAUACCAAAAAAGAUUGCUAAUAAUAUAUUAAAUAGGGUUCGCAUAAAUCACAACUUACACACAAAUAGUGAUUAAACGAGAUGUGUAGGGAGGUCGAGGCGAGAGCGAUGCGCGCACUUUCACAUCAAAACAACAAUUUUAUUUAGGAAAUACUAUUUUUGUUACACUAUAUCCAUAGAAUCAUUUAAAAAAACAUGAAAUUUUGUAAAGACAGUAAUACGUAGAACACUUUAAAGUUUCUUACAUUAUAUAUUAAUCAUUUGCCUAAAUCGACACAUCUAUGUAAUAAAUAAAUUCUUGAAGUUCGAUCUAGAACAUGAUUUAUAGAAAAGAAUAUGUUUGAACUUUAACACGUGAGUCGGCGCGAGCGGGGGGUUGCGUGAGCGACGCCACGCCUCCAGCCACGCCCACCACGAAACAUUCACAAUAAAUAGCUUUAUUUACAUUAAAAUCUAUGAACGAGAUCCAUGCAAUAGUUCUCUUACUUAUUAUAAUAGAUGCACAAUACUGGACGUCGCUGUUGCCACGCCUUCAGACACACAAAAACAUAUCCUCCACACACACACACAC